AUGUUUAUCACAGAAUUGUUACCCUCGGACUCUGAAAACCCACUUUUACACUAUGCUUUGUAUGGUGCUAUGCUUUUCGGAGUAUUUAAGCUUACCACUGGUACCUUGAGCUUGAUUGCUCUCAUCUUUGAUUUGUUUAUCUUACCACCAGUUAAUUUCCAAAAAUAUGGAGCAAAAAAAGGAAAAUGGGCAGUUGUUACUGGUGCAUCUGAUGGAAUUGGUAAAGAGUAUGCCUUACAAUUAGCCAAGAAGGGCUUAAAUGUGGUGUUGGUUUCCAGAACUCAAUCGAAGUUGGAGUUGAUUGCCACUGAACUUGAAUCAAAAUAUAAAGUUUCCACGAAAGUCAUUGCGUUUGAUGCUUCUACUGAUGAAGAGGCAAACUAUGUCGCCAUUAAGGAUGCAAUUGCUGAUUUACCAGUUACUGUUUUGAUCAAUAACGUGGGUCAAUCACACUCAAUCCCCGUUCCAUUCUUGGAAACCGAGGAAAAAGAAAUGAGAGAUAUUAUUACUAUCAACAAUACUGCAACAUUGAAAAUUACCCAAGUUGUUGCACCUGUUAUCGCAUCUACUGUGAAAAAGGAAAAGAAAAAGGUACGUGGUUUAAUCUUGACUAUGGGCUCAUUUGGAGGAUUAUUGCCAACUCCAUACUUGGCUACUUACUCUGGGUCCAAGGCUUUCUUGCAAGCUUGGUCUGCCGCUCUUGCAGGUGAGUUGGCACCUCAGGGUAUCGAUGUGGAAUUAAUCAUUUCCUAUUUGGUUACUUCAGCCAUGUCCAAGAUUAGGCGUACUUCUGCAACUAUUCCAAACCCCAAACAAUUUGUUGCUUCUGUAUUAAGAGGGGUCGGUCGUCGUAAUGGAGCACAAGAGAGAUAUGCUACUAAUACGCCAUACUGGUCCCAUGCCUUAAUGCAUUUCGGAAUCGCUAACACAGUGGGUGUUUUUUCCAAACUUGCCAAUACAUUAAACUUAAAGAUGCACAAAUCUAUUCGUGCUAGAGCUCUUAAGAAGGCCGCUAGAUUGAGUUCUCAAUCCCAAUCAACUAAGAGUGAUUAA